AUGGUUCUGCAAAAAGUCCAUGGAGUUCGCAUUCUCGAUCUGCGCACUUAUGCUGGAGCCAGCCUUCCGGUGCGCUGCUUUUGGUUUGACAUAGGAAAGAGGUCAAGACCGAAAACACCACCGUACGAGCCACACGUCUCAUCGGACGGCCAUACAUCUGGACCUGAUAAGGAGGAGACAUCCGCGCUUCCAGCUCCAAAUAAUGCUGUGCCGCACAAGACUUCUCUUCUCCACGCUCCACCGCUCGGGAUCCCCUUACCUGCUCCGCAAACGCUUGCAGCUGUUUCACCGACUCCUCUCGUUAGUAAAGAAGACAAAAACCAUGUGGUUGAGGUUGCUCAGCAGAGGAAAGGUGUUGAGAAUGGCCAUAAUGGGAGCGUAGGAAUGUGA